UUAGCACAUUUAGAAGCACAGCAAAAAUGAUAAGAAAAUUUCAGGCCAAACCAAUGCUCUUCUUACUCGUUUUAGUUUCAGCGCUGAUUGAAACUUCCCAUGCUGGUGGCAUCGCCAUUUAUUGGGGCCAAAACGGCAACGAGGGCACCCUAACCGCAACCUGUGCCACGGGAAGAUAUGCUUACGUUAACAUAGCUUUCCUUAACAAGUUCGGCAAUGGUCGUACCCCUGAAAUCAACUUGGCCGGUCACUGUAAUCCAGCUUCCAGCGGUUGCACUACCGUCAGCCAAGGCAUAAGAAAUUGUCAAAGCCGAGGAAUCAAGGUCAUGCUUUCUAUCGGAGGCGGCGUCGGAAGCUACUCUUUAGCUUCUAAAGCAGACGCUAAGAACGUAGCUGAUUAUCUAUGGAACAAUUUCUUGGGUGGCAAUUCACGUUCCCGUCCUCUCGGCAAUGCUGUGUUGGACGGUAUUGAUUUUGAUAUAGAGCUGGGGUCAACUCAAUACUGGGAUGACCUUGCUCGUUAUCUAUCAGCUUACAGUAAUAAUGGACGAAAGGUGUAUUUAACAGCAGCUCCACAGUGUCCAUUUCCCGAUAGUUUCUUAGGGACUGCCCUUAAUACAGGUCUCUUUGACUACGUUUGGGUUCAGUUUUAUAACAAUCCACCAUGCCAAUACACAUCGGGGAACAUAAACAACCUUGUCAACUCAUGGAACCGGUGGACUUCAUCUAUAAAAGCAGGGAAUAUAUUUUUAGGGUUGCCGGCGGCACCAGCGGCGGCCGGUAGUGGGUAUAUUCCACCUAAUGUGUUGACUUCUCAGAUUCUUCCUGUUAUCAAGAGGUCAUCCAAGUAUGGUGGGAUUAUGCUUUGGUCUAAGUUCUUUGAUGAUAAAAAUGGUUAUAGUAAGUCCGUUGUAAGUAGUGUGUGAGCAAAGUCCUUGUUGUACUCUCUUAAAAAGGCCUACGCUUAACUUGGUCUUCUAUAAAAUAAUAUGAUAAAACUAAGAGAUAAUAAGAUUAUCAAAUAAAUAAUUAAGGAAUUUAGCA